CCCCUCCUUGCGGCUGUGAUGGUUUCGACCGAUCCGCCUCUUGUCAGUUUCAAGUUGCGCCUUGUCCUCUGCGCCUGUUUGGCUGCGCCUCCUGGCCUCCUUCACUCUCCUACACUCACGCCGUGGCCUUUUUUGCGAGGGAGUCUGGACUUACUAACAAACAUGGCUCCUUUCCCGCUACACAUGAGUGGAUUAUAAACACGCCAACGCUCAAGAAUGAAAAUGCCUGAGGCAGGGAGUUAGAACCCUCCACCGAAGAGAGAAACAGACAGCGUCAUCCAGGGCUGGGGUUAGACUCAGGGACCCCUGUAGGGGGGGAAGGUGGAGGGCCCUAUCAACCUGGUGUGAGUCUGCACCAUGGGUGAUGGAGGUGUCGGUGCAACUGGAGGAGAAGGGGUCAACCAAUCCCAUGUCUUGUUUGACAACUUUGUCCAGGCGACCACAUGCAAGGGCACGCUCAAGGCCUUCCAUGAGCUGUGUGAGCAUCUGGAAGUCAAGCCCACAGAUCAGAGGGUUUUUUACCACAAGCUCAAAUCCAAACUCAACUACUGGAAGGCCAAAGCUCUUUGGGCCAAGUUAGACAAGAGGGCCAGCCAAAAGGAGUACAAGAAGGGCCGUGCCUGUACUAACUCUAAGUGUCUGAUCAUUGGCGCUGGGCCAUGUGGCUUGAGAACAGCCAUCGAGCUUGCCUUCCUGGGGGCCAAAGUGGUGCUGUUGGAGAAGAGGGAUGCUUUCUCCAGGAACAACGUGUUGCACCUUUGGCCAUUCACCAUUCAGGACCUCAGAGGCCUUGGGGCCAAGAAGUUCUAUGGGAAGUUCUGCGCCGGUGCCAUUGAUCAUAUCAGUAUUCGUCAGCUUCAGCUAAUGUUGCUCAAAGUCGCUCUCCUCGUGGGAAUUGAAAUCCAUGUUAAUGUGGAAUUCAAGGGUUUAAUUGAACCUCCUGCAGAUCAGGAAAGUGAAAGGAUAGGCUGGAGGGCCGAGGUUCACCCCAGGACACACCCUGUCAAUGAGCUGGAGUUUGACGUCAUCAUUGGAGCAGACGGAAGGAGAAACACAUUACCAGGGUUUCGACGCAAGGAGUUUCGUGGAAAGCUUGCUAUCGCCAUCACAGCAAACUUCAUUAACAGGAACACGUCAGCGGAGGCAAAAGUUGAAGAGAUCAGCGGCGUCGCCUUCAUAUUUAAUCAGAAGUUCUUUCAAGACCUCAGAGAAGCAACAGGUAUUGACCUGGAAAACAUUGUCUACUAUAAGGAUGACACACACUACUUUGUGAUGACUGCCAAGAAACAAAGCCUGCUAGAGAAAGGAGUCAUUCUGCAUGACUAUGCAGACACGGAGCUGCUGCUGUCGCGAGCGAAUGUAGACCAGGUCGCUCUUUUGUCUUACGCCCGCGAAGCUGCAGAUUUCUCAACAAACCACCAGCUGCCCUCGCUCGAUUUUGCCAUUAACCACUACGGUCAGCCUGAUGUCGCCAUGUUUGACUUUACUUGCAUGUAUGCAUCGGAGAACGCCGCCAUGGUUCGUCAGCGCAAUGACCACAAACUACUGGUGGCGCUUGUGGGAGACAGCUUAUUAGAGCCUUUUUGGCCCAUGGGUACUGGCAUUGCCCGUGGUUUCCUGGCAGCCAUGGACUCAGGAUGGAUGGUGAAGAGCUUAGCUCAGGGAAAAACGCCGUUAGAGGUUCUGGCUGAAAGGGAGAGUAUUUAUCGUCUACUGCCCCAGACGACGCCAGAAAAUGUCAGCAAGAACUUCAGUCAGUACAGCGUGGAUCCUACCACACGUUACCCCAACGUUAGCCUUAACUUCCUCAAACCCAGCCAGGUACGGCACUUGAUCGACACGGGAGAAUCCAGAGAGCUGCGCAUUGAAAUGGAAAAUGUGAUCAACUCAUCGACACCAAAGUUGGCCAGGAAUGAAUCCAUAGCUCGAUCCAGUAAACUUCUUAACUGGUGUCAGAGGCAAACAGAAGGAUAUCGAAAUGUGUGCGUAAAGGACCUCACUAUGUCAUGGAAGAGUGGUCUGGCCCUGUGUGCGCUCAUUCACAGAUACAGGCCAGAUUUUAUUGAUUUUGAUUCCCUGGAUGAACGAGACCAAGAAAAGAACAACCAGUUGGGUUUUGACGUGGCAGAGAGGGAAUUUGGCAUCUCACCCUGCAUGACUGGCAAAGAGAUGUCUACUGUUGUGGAGCCUGACAAACUUUCUAUGGUCAUGUACCUUAGCCAGUUCUAUGAGAUGUUUAAGGACACAGUGCCACCUGGAGAUAAUCAAAAUCUGAGUCCAGAGGAGAAGGCUGUACUAAUGGCAAGCACUAAAUCACCCAUCUCCUUCUUUAGCAAGCUUGGUCAGAGCAUUGCAAUCUCAAGGAAACGUAACCCCAAGGACAAAAAAGAAAAGGACAUGGACGGUUUGGGGAAGAGAAGGAAAACCAGCCAGUCUGAAGACGAGGAAGUAUCCAAGGCUGCUCGUGAAGACAGACAGGCCAAUGUACCAGCUCUAUUGGCAGAGAGGAAAAUGGAUUCUGCUGCUGUAGGGAACAACAAUAAAGUCAAGGUCAUGGCUACCCAGCUGCUUGCCAAGUUUGAGGAGAAUGCGCCCGCUCACGCCUCAGGACUUAAAAGACAGGGGGAUUCUCUGCCCAAUCUGGACUGCUUUUUGCCCCAGUCCCCACCCAAACCCCUUGAGCCAGUGCGCCUGGCACCUGUCCCAGCUUGGAGAAAGAGACGCACACAGCAGCAGGAGCAGCUGAGCAUUCGAUACAAAGAAAAGAUCAAGUGUCAGACCCUGCCCAACAGAGGGGAGCAGGCAAGAAGUGGUCCCGACCAAGCUUACAGCUUGGGCUCUCGGAGCUGCCCAAAGAAAACCAUUUUGCUUCUUUCCUCUUCCUCCUCCACUUCCUCGCUCUCUCUUCACACUGAGCAUUUUAGUGUUACUCCAGAAGAAGAGGAGCUUGAAUACUACGAGAAGCCUGUGAAUUAUGGGGACUGGAAGCCCUUGCACCUGAAUGACCCAGGACCUAUUCAUGUACCUGGUAUACAGGAGAGGGCUGACUGCCUUUUCUCCAAGUUUAAGGGCAAAGCUGACAUGCCACCAAAGCCUAAGAAAAAGCCAUCCCGUUUCUUUUUAGAGCAGUGGUACUUGUCACGAGGCCUCGUUGAGCAUCCGAAUUCAGGCCAUUCCUCUUGUAGAAAGAAACCAGUGAAGUCUUUGCGUUCGUCUGACCCAGUGCCCUUAUAUGUGCUUAGUAUUGAGGAGAGGGCUGAGCAACUUGCCUCUCAGUUGGAGGGCAAGUCAACCGGAUUAAAGCCUAAGAAAAAACCUUCACGUUUUUUCAUGGAACAAUGGCACCUGGCUCGAGCCCAAAGUUCCCCUGAUUCCACUCCUUCUGACACCUCAAGACAGCGUUAUAUACGGAUGUACACGGGGGGUGUUAGCUCAUUGGCUGAGCAGAUAGCCAGUCAGCUUCAGUCUCAGGAAGAGUCCAAACCGUUGCCUGAGAAACGAGACUUGGGAUCCCUCAGAAAAGAGUUUCCCGUCAACAUCGGCGGCAGCGACGUUUGCUUUUUCUGUCGCAAGAGAGUGUACGUGAUGGAGAGGCUGAGUGCAGAAGGGAAAUUCUUCCAUCGCAGCUGUUUCAAGUGCGACUAUUGUGGCACCACGCUCCGACUGUCCUCCUAUGCUUUCGACGUUGAAGAUGGAAAGUUUUACUGCAAGCCGCACUACUGUUACCGAUUGUCUGGCUACGCUCAAAGAAAGAGGCCUGCGCCUUCGGCCUCCCCAGCUCCAACCACCAAGGAGAACCAAGAGCCCAUUACUCCUGCGUUGAUGGUAGAUGCCCCCGGAAGGGCGAUGGCCGCAGCAUCCCCCUCAGCUGAACUCCGGCCCUCAGUGCCGGAGGUCAAUGGCCUGCAGGAGCCAAGUUUGGCGAAGCGGCUUCGCGCCACACCGGAGCGCAUUGAGCUGGAGAACUACCGACUGUCUAUGCAGAGGGAGGAGGAGUUGGAGGAAGUGCCAGAGGAGACGCUGGCAGAACAUAACCUCAGCAGUGUUCUGGAUAAAGCCACAGAUGUAGACCUGGGAUCCAGCAGCUCAGAGUCCGACACGGACGAGGAGGACGAGCAGGAGGAUCAGGACGAUGUGGAAGUUGAGUUAGAGGUAGAGGAGCAACUUCCCAGCUCCUCAGACCUUGGAGGGGUUCCCUGGAAGGAGGCUGUACAGCUCCACGCUAAACUUAGGGGUGACGCCUCCGAGGAUGAGGCUCUGGCUGAGCUUGAUGAAGAUGGGGAAGAAGAUGAAGAUGAUGAUGAGUCAAGUGAAGAGGGGGAUUACUGCCCAUGGGACAGGGAGCUCCAGUCAGGCCUUUGGCUGGAGAAGUACCUCACAGAUGAAGACCAUGUUGGUACUUUUAAAGCCAAGAACCUACAAAUUCAACAAGUCCUGCAGCCUUUGGAUCCUCUUGAAAUUCCAGGUGUAGGGGGAACAUGUCAGGCCUCGGAGGAAAACAGGAGUGGCCAGCUGGCCUCAACCUCCCAGCCCAUUGAGCCCUCGCAGACCUUUUUCACAGCCCCUGUCCACACAUCUGCGCGGCACGAAGCAGUGCGAGUCUGGUUGGAGUCAAUGUCUGGAGAGCCCUGUGAAGAUGAUGAUUUGGAAGCAGAAGCAGAUAGUCCCGAUAUAGAGCCUGGGACUGAAAUGGAUCAAGAUGACAUCCCCUCUGAUGCUGAAGCGGAGGCUCGUUUGAACCCAUCAGUGCACACUGAAGCUGUUCCACAGGAGGACAAUAUAUCUGACAGUCUGGCAAUGCCUUCAAAUAUUGAACCACCCAGCACUGAACCCAUGCAAAAAGAAGAUAAUGCUGUCUUAUCUCCGGUCGUACCUUCACCAGAGCCUGACAAACGGGCGAAGUUUCCAGAAUGCUCUUUCCCAGAACCAGUGGUUUCUGAGGAACCGAAAGUUGAAAGGAUUACACCUUCACCAGUGUCCAAGAGCCCGGUUUUUCCUUCACCUGCAUCUGUCCUCAAUCCUUCCCCUUUCACCUCUCCAGCGGUUACCUAUGUCAAGGCCCCUGUUUCACCCCUCAACAUCGGCUCUCCGGUCAGUCCAGCUGUCAAGAGCCCCAUAAGAUCCCCUGUAAUAACCCCUGUUGGAUCCCCCAUCCGCUCCCAGCCCACCCCACUACCAGAGACAUGCACACCUACGUCACCCAUCUACCCCCAUCGAUCAAUUUGCCCUCUCACAGGCAACCUACUUUCCCCAAUUUGUGCCCAGCCUUUGCCCUGCCAGGAACCUUCAUCACCGCAGGCCUCCGAUUCUCCAGUCAGAUCCCAGCCUAUCCCAAAUGUUACUUCAACACCGAUGGCCAGAAUUGACCGAGCUUCACCUGACCAUUCACAGUCUGAGGACCUUUCAACUGAUGAAUCUUUGUCAAAAAAGACUGAUAUCAUUGAGGAAUUUUGGUUAAAGAGUGCAGAGAUCCGAAAAAGUCUUGGUCUGUCGCCUUUAGAGCGCAGUAGUAAACUAUUUGAGAAGAGUGAUGUAAAAACGCCAACACAAGACUCCAGCCCUGCCAAGACCCAGUCUCCGGAAGUGUUAGAGGACCCGAAACCUGCUUUAACUGGGCGUACUGUGAUUCGCAGACUCAACAUCACUCUUGAGGGUCAAGUCAUUACUCCAAUUGCUCCUGUGGAAGACUCUGAAAAGAAAGAACUCAGCCGCAGCUCAGGCGAUGACCUAAAUGAGAGUAUGGCCACAAGUCAAACGGUAAACAGUGACAGCUGUAACACCUCUGACUCCAUCAUGCUGACCCCACCCUCCAGUCCACCACCUCCUGUGCCUGCUAAUCAGUCCCCUGCGAUAUUCAGGCAGCAAAAACAUCAGGUCUCUUGGAGCAAUGGGACAGAAAAUCAGCCACACGAGCAUGCCAAAGAACUACCAAAAGCAAAGACUCCUGUUCCUGCACAGCGAACCCAACUGAGUCCUGUAUCGGCACCUAAACCUGCAACCAGGAAAGUGCUUAUACCACCAUCAGAUUUAAUUGAAACCCCAGUUGUUAUCAUGAGGGAGAAAAAGAAGCCACGCUCGGAGGAGUUGAGGAAGUCCUUUGUACAGACAGUGGAAGAGAUUCCAUUCGCUGAUGAUGUGGAAGAGAACUUUGAUGAGCGGACACCAGAAACCAGUAUGAAUAAAUUCUGCACACCACCUACUAGCAGGGCCAGAGACAAACCUCCUUUGCAUCUGGCUUUAGCCAUGGAAAAUGGUAAACCUAAUAUCCCUGUCAACUCCGCCUCUAAGACACAGCGGGCCACUCAAUUCUCUCCAGAGGCCAAAGAGAUUGCUGAGGAGAGGAUGAGAGCAAGAGAAAAGUCUAUCAAGAGCCAAGCUCUCAAAGACGCAAUGGCCAAGCAGCUAAAUAAAAUGAAAGAGUCAAACGUAGAAGAGGGUGGCUCAACAAAAGUGGCUUGGAGUGCUACCCCAGAGGUUGUCGGGAAAAGUAAGAAAUCUUCAGUAUCUCCAAAGACAUCUGCAGUAAAAGCUCUGGAAUCAAAGAAGGCUGAGACUCUACCCGAGCGUCUCUUCAGUAGCAACAGGAGUCUGGACAGCUCUGUGGCGUCCUCUGACAGCUCGUCCACGAGUAAGAGCAAGAAACGAAGUUCACUUUUUUCACCUCGCAAAAACAAAAAGGACAAGAAGGCCAAGAACGACGGCAGCCGACCCUCUGGGACAGACGAGACACCACCCAAACACAAAUUUUUGUGGAAGGCUGUCUUCUCAGGGUACAAGAAAGACAAAAAAAAGAAAGACGACAAAUCAUGUCCCAGUACACCAUCGUCCAGCUCCACCACGCAGGACUCUGGGAAGAAGAGAGCCUCGCCUCUUGGAAAGUCAUCAGACAUGAAGACCCGCAGAAACUUGAGCUUUUCUGAGGAUUCAGAUCUGUCCUGUGACGACGUACUGGAGAGAUCAUCCCAGAAAUCAAAGGCAGAUCGACAUACGGACAUCUUUGACCUAGUAUCAGGCAUGCAGAUGGAGGCAUUGAAGGAGGAGAAACUGGACAAGGAGAGGAGGAGGGAAUUCAAAGAAAAGAAAAGAGUGAAAGAAAUGCAUAAACAAAGAGAACGGGAAAAAGUGUGUGAUCGUGAAAAGGGAAAAGACGAUGAGGAGUCUGUUUAUGUCCCUCAUGCACUGGCGUUCAAGAGAUCGUAUGCCUCAAAGAAAACCUACACAGAGGAAGAGCUCAACGCCAAGCUGACACGUAGAGUCCAGAAAGCUGCCCGACGACAAGCCAAGCAAGAAGAACUCAAGAGGUUGCACCGUGCCCAGAUUAUCCAGAGGCAGCUGGAGCAGGUGGAGGAGAAGCAGAGGCAGCUGGAGGAGAAAGGCGUUGCUGUGGAGAAGGCAUUGCGAGGGGAAGCAGGAUUGUACAAAGGUACUUAUACAUUACCCAAACAGCACAAAAGAAGAUCAGACUAUUGGGGAGAUUCUAAUUACAGUGAAAUCCUGGACUUGCAUCUGGGCGUCCCCCGCUCUCUUUCCCCCUGUCUUGUGGAGGUUGAGCCCUUUGUGGGGACGCAACGUCGGAGACCUCUCCCCUUCUGCCUCUGCUGUUCCCCUGAAGGCAUGGGCAAGAAGGAUGAUCCCAAACUAAUGCAGGAGUGGUUCAAGCUAGUUCAGGAGAAGAACGCCUUGGUCCGCUAUGAAUCAGAGCUCAUGAUAUUCGCCAGAGAAUUGGAGCUCGAGGACCGACAGAGUCGACUGCAGCAGGAACUCAGGGAGCGAAUGGCUGUGGAAGACCACCUGAAGACUGAGAAGGAGCUUGCACAGGAGAAGCAGAUCUUAAACGAAAUGCUGGAUGUUGUGGAGCAGCGUGAUGCCCUGGUGGCCCUCCUGGAAGAGCAAAGGCUUCGAGAGAAAGAGGAAGACAAGGACCUGGAGGCUGUGAUGCUCUCUAAAGGCUUCAACCUCAAUUGGGUUUAAUGAGAGUCAACUAAUUGCCCGCAAUGAGCUUGUGUAAGGUCUUCUUUGAUCCGUUGAUCUGAAACCUUCUCAUCUGCAGCAGUGUACAGUUUGCCAAUACGCAAACACAACAUUCGUUGCUGCCGAUAUCCUGGUUGAGGUUCCCUUCAGCGUUCACGCAUCCUCAGCCUACAGGCGGUCCCGGUUAAUCACUUUGCAGGUUUGUGCUGGCUCCGUGGGUGGAGCGACAGUUUGUUCACAACUUUAUCAUCACAGCCUUGAAGUGCUGGCACCGUUGGGAGCAUGUUUAAAGACUUGUCUGAUUCAAAAUGUUCUAAAGGGAACCUUGCAGUUUGGUCCUGCUGAUGUAAAGGAUUUUUUUUUUGUAAAUAGUUGUGUAGAAGCAGCCUCAUUUUACAGAAAAUCCUGUCUUUUCUGAAAACAUACAAUAUCGCAGGAAGACGGCCUUUCUACCCACUGACUUCUUCAUCCCAGUCAUCCACAAACACAACUUUCAUGUAAUUGUUAGCGUUUUUGUUGCUUUCGUCAGAUCUGCAUUUAUCCGUUGCAUUCACACAGUAGUGCCCACGAUGUCCUGCAUUUGCACUUGUGCGUGAGCCACACACACACAUCUAUAAGCCAUUGUAUGUAAAGUAACCCGUGAAGACUGCGGCCGUGAUCCGUCACAGGAGUUUUGUUGGUUCAUGAAUGCAAAGACACAAAGUACGGACGUCAUACAAAGCCCACUUGCCACUUUACGAGAUGCACAGAGGACGUGUAAUGAUUCACCAUCCUUUUUAUGAUUUUGUUAUAAAGUCCCUGCAAAGCAAUGAAAGGACUAUACAGGAUUUGACCACGGCCCGUCACGUUUGCUAACAGCCUUAUUAAUUUUAAAGAUCAAAGUGAUGCAUGUUGACUGUCAGCCCUGUAAAAGUCCAUAGGAAAGGUUGUCAUUGUAAAGGAUAAGGUAGUUCAAAGGUCAAAUCAGUCAACCAGUCUUCCACCGAUGUCAGGAGCAUAAAUCAAAUCAUUGUGAUCUAGAAUGCUUGGUGUAGCCAUUGAUAUUUAUAUUUGUUUUAUCUUCUAAAUGAUUGGCAGGCCAACACAUGCUUGUUUGCCUUGGUUUUUAGAAUUUUUCUCGUAUUUAUUGUUAAUCUGCCAUACUUUUAUUGCGCCCCAUGUAAGAGACUAAGGGCCUGAUCUGUUAAGGCAAGGCAAGGCAACUUUAUUUGUAUAGCGCUUUUCAUACACAAGGCAGACUCAAAGUGCUUCACAAACAACAAACUGAAAUGAAAGAAAAUAAAAGCAAAAUUAAAAUGCAGACAAUAAAAAUAAAAACAGUGCGGACGUUAAAAGACUAAAAGAUUUAGCUGAAAGCUAAGGUGAACAUAAAAGUCUUCAGUCUAGUUUUAAAAGUAGUCAGAGUUGGGGAGAGUCUGACAUCUUCAGGAAGUUUAUUCCAGCUAUUUGUUGCAUAGUGACUGAAUGAUGCGCUCCCUUGAUUAAGAUCCAAAUAGCGUGCUAAAUUGUGUGUGCAACCUAUACAAUUUGUGUGUGCUAUUAGUUAUCUAUUAGGACUGCGUGCACACCGCCUCAUUUAAAUGAGGAUUUGCAUAUAUGCCCACUGUCACCAUUGAAACACUCAUAUCCCUCCACAUUUAUGGUAUCAAAUAGUCCAACAUGAUGCAUUGCGCACAAAUGUAAUAAUAUCCACAUUUUCUAGGCCAUUUUGAAGCACAAUCUAGUCAACAGAACGUAGUAGGUGCGCUCUAUUAGGCGACGCGGUGUUGUUAUGGCGUGUCCGGAUGCAUGAAAAUGCAUAUUGCAACUAGAGAUAUAUUAAUAUAUCUUUUAUAUGAUGAAAAAAAGGCUAGCAGACACCAAAACAAAUCAUUUAAAUUGGUUUUAAUCAGCCCCUUAAGUCAUUCAGCAGCUAUAAAAUUACAUUGCGUAGACGAUAAGGCUACGUUUUAUUCAUGACAGUUUGAAUAUGUUGACACGUGCACAUAGGUCUGUCUUCGCAAGCAAGAUCGCCUCCUUUCACACAGCCAUUAUUUGUGUGUAACUGCUAGUUUUAUGCACACUUAAAAUGUGCUAAAUAGAGACAAAACGGUGACUGCUGAACAGUUUGUCUUGCUGAAUCAUGUUGCAAAUGCUAAAUGAUUAUAUUUGCAUCUCCUCCCAGUUUUGUGCGCAUUCUAAUGUUCAGCAUAAAGACGUGCAUGCUAAGUAGAUUUACUUUGCUCACAAUCCUGCAAGCAGAUGAGCUUUACAUGCGCAAUCAAGUUUGCACGUUUUAAUAAAUACAAACCUUUUAAGAGAUCAGGCCCUAUGUCGUCCAUCAUGUCUGCAGCAGAGCACAAUUCACAAUUUUUUUUAUUUAUUUAAAAUUGUGUUUAAAUUUAAUUUGAGCUGAACAAACUUUCAUAACACACGACAUGAAAAACAAUUGGAUGGUUUAUUAUUAUGUUCCUCUUUAAAAUACAUUUUAACAGCAAAGUUACUGCCUCCAAACAUGGAAGAUUAUAAUAGUCUUUAUUGAUUUGAUGUGUUUAGCAUUGCUACCUCACAGUUAAGGGGUAAAAAAAAAAAAAUCACAUUUGACCUUUCUUUGUUUGUGUGUACUUGUGUGUGGGUUUCAUUGUUGGUGUAAAAAGUCGUGUUUUUCUGCUUCUGGGAUUAACACUACUACUUACCAACAUCAGAAAGGGUGUUUGAUUGUACACGUUUAUUUGUAUUUACAUGUAAGGGAAAAUUGUACACAUUUUUAUGUAUUUACAUGUAAGGGAAACUAGCAAAAGACCCACCUUGAGAUUCAUUGACAGUAUCACACUGUUCGCUUAUGUUUACAAAUGCAUAUCCAUAUUCACUCUUGUAUCGUCAUGGUAACGUGACUGUUGCACAUUUCAACACACUUCAAAAAAAUGCCUUUUCGUUUAUACUGUCCCUCUUUUUGCUUGAGUCUGUCUCUCACUGGACGCGACGAUUUGUCCGUUUAUUUUUAUUUUCUAAAGGAAUGUUCUGGAGCAAAUGCUGUGGACAUUUUGCAUCAAAUCCGAACAGAGUGAGGUGAACUUUUACCCAUAAAGAAAACAAACGCAAGUGGUCACUGUUUUACAGCGCCUACACUGUACAUGCUACAUGUAUGAGUUGGUAUUUGCUAUGAUUUGAAACACUCUAGGUUGUUGUGUGUGUGCGUGUGACAUGAUUGUAAUGAUAUUUAUUAACGUGUGAAAAGUGUAUUAUAUGUAAAGAAUGAGAAUCCUAAUUUUUAAACUUUGGUUGACACAUCUGUAAAUGCUUUGUGUAGCUUGAAAUGCAUAUAUGGGUGUUGUAUGUGUGCUGUAAACAGCAAUAAAACAA